UGCCUAUACUUAAAGUCGUGAGGGCAAUGCGGGCGGAAAGAUGCAUCUGCUACUCUCCUAGACCUCAGAUCAGCAUGUCUACCGUCUGCCUAAGUCUUCUUUUUAGCACCUUGUGUUUUUUCUGCACAACUCAAGCUGCACCAGAGGACGAGGUGGUGUGGAAACACACCGGCGAAUCCGUGUCCAUCCUGUGCAGGAUCAGACCCCCUGGUCCCGGCCUGGUCUUCGUGUCUUUGCACAAAGGGCUCUGGAAGGAGAUCCAAAUUCUCUUCAAGAUGGGUGAAAAAAACACGGUGGCUAUGAAGUACGCCGACAGACUGCAGGUGAAGGGAAACAUCACCUCCAUGGAGGUUGUCAUCUCAAACCUGACAACCGAGGACACGGGGCCGUACUGGUGCGACUACAAGAUGAACGCCAAUUAUCAAACAAAGGCGCUGAAUAGCACCGGCUCGGUGCUCCUGGUGGUGACAGAUGAGCAGUGUGAGCCACCGGACAGGACUCUUCUCCUGGUGACCGCCGCCGUUUCAGCCGCCGUGCUGUUUGGUGUGCUCAUCGCCUUCCUCCUGUGGAUCAUUCCCAAGAUCAAGCAGUGGCACAACAAAAUGGUGCCGAGGCCCGUAGCCGGCAGUGAUGUUUAUGAGGACAUGCGAGCGGCACGCCGAGCCUGAAGACCUGCGGGUGCACCGCAGCUACAAAGUACAAAGACUUGCAGGGGCCCUGCGUGCUCUGCUGACUAUAAACCAAACAGGUACAUCUGUUGUGGAAGGACUCUUCAGUUUCACUUUGCUAAUGCAGGAUGAACUGAUUCAUUUAGUAUCAUUUCAAGUGUGCUGUUAGGUCGUGUAUAUUUGCAUGAACUCUUCAUUCCUGUUUAAAGACAUCCAGUGCGAGAGCUGUCACCAAUGGUAACAACAUGUUACAACCACACCAAUAAAAAAAUGUACAGUUGAAUAAAUUCCUCCCUGA